AGUGCGCGGAUCUCAAAAUGGCGGUGCUAGUCGAAGAAAACCGUUUAGUGUGUGACGACAGUCGUGAAUGCUUAGUGUGUUGUGGAGUCGUUAAAGAACCUUUUAUAAGAUGCCGGCAGUGCAGGCCUGCAGUGGAUAUAUGUUUAGAGUGUUUUUCCAGAGGAGCUGAAGACAAGGAACACCAUAGUGAUCACAGUUAUGAAAUAAUAAGCAACAAUUUUCCAGUUUUGGAGAAGAAUUGGAGUGCUCAAGAGGAGUUUGACCUUUUGAAUAGUAUCUCUGAUUGUGGCUUUCAAAACUGGACAGAGGUUGCCAAGCAAGUUCAAAGCAAAACAGAAGAAGAAUGUGAGGAACAUUACAUAAGAUGUUAUAUCGAUAAACCUUGUGAGGCUCUUCAGAUUUCAGAACUGAGGCCUGUUGCUACCUGCACAACAUUGCCAUCCACAGCAGGCAUUCUGUUUAAGGCUAUGGAAGAUCCUCCCCGUCCUCCAAUGGAUUCAGCAAGAAGUUUGGAAAUGUCUGGUUACAUGCCAUGCAGGGGAGAUUUUGAUGUGGAAUAUGAUAACUACGCUGAAGUUGACAUUAAAGAUAUUGAAUUCAGUUCUUCUGAUUCCGAACUUCUCAAAGAACUCAAAAUUGCUGCCAUUGAAAUAUUUUUGUCAAGGCUACGGCAAAGAUUCUACAGAAAAAGAAUUGUGAGAAAAUACGGACUCAUCAACAUCCGGAAAUGGCAAACCCUGGAGCGAAGACAGUCGAAAACAGAAAGGGAACUUCGUGACAGCCUCAGACCUUUUGCUCGUCUUCAUUCACCGGAUCAACAUGAAAUAUUUGUCCAAGGAUUACUAAUGGAAUCUUUCCUGAAGAAAGAAGUUGUCAGUUUACAAGAAUACAGAUCCGCGGGCAUUCGUACAAGAAAGGGAGCAGAGGUGUAUGAGCGACUGAACAGGCGUCGUGAAGAAGACAAAUCUCGGAGAAAAAUGCUGGAUGAUAUUCUGGCCAAUAUCCAGGACGAAAAAGCCUGUCAAGUGUGGCUUCACAGACAGGCUCAAAUAGAUUCGGGGCAAAGCUUAGCGCCCAUUCCACUGCCCAGCUUAGGUAGGUGACAGACUCAGAGUUUGCAAAGUUUGACUCGUAUUCGCUGGGCUUAAUUCAUGCUCUAUAGACCUCUAAAGAAUUUCAUACUCUCCUCUUCCUUUUCAACUUAUUUUCGAGACAUUGGUUUCGAAGUGAAGAAAAAACAAUUAGGCAUUUCCAAACAUUUUUCGCUAUUUCUCAUGAUCUCCACUCAACUUCCAUGAAAUUCUAGGAGUAGCCAAAAACUUCUCACUUCCCAUGACUUUCCAGCUUUUCCGUAACCUUUAUCAACCAUGGAUUUUUUUUGUUUUGUAGAAGAAAAACUUCGAAAUAGUCAAUUACUGAGGAGCAAAUGAUAUAGAGACAGUCAACCUUA